AUGACCAGUCGCUCUCAAAAAGCCGCCGAGGAACCGUAUGUCGAAGCAUUUUCCAAGGCGCCUGGUUUCGUUGUGCAAGAAUAUCACUCUACGAAGGAAGAGACAUGGAGCCCUGAUCUUGCAUGUUUCGGCUAUUCCAACGUCAACGUGCAUAACUCGCUGGGCAUUGUCAAGAAACUAGAGGACCUAGAGCUGGGCAGCAGUCCUCGACCGUCGCAGAAGCAGAAAAAUGUGACGCUGUGCCAGGCGGCCUACGAGAUCUACAAGUCUGUGCUGAAGCUCCUGCCAUGUUCAGCUUGUGUGAGAGACCUGGUCAAUGUCUUCUUCGACGAGGUAAACUGGCAGUAUACCAUCCUAGAUAGAAACCAUUUCACGACCAAACUGGAGGAUUACUACCAUCAUCACACCUCGCCCCUUUAUCAGGCAGAAGGCACAUUUCCCUCGGAAAGGCUGGUGUUUUCAGCUCUCCUCUUUCAGGUCCUGGUGUGCGCCUUACAGUUCCUCCCGGCUGGCCACUCUGAGAACCUCCACACCUUCUGUAUCAAAGGGAUUGCUGUGGAAGGAGAUGGACCGUCAGACGAUCCUGCAAUGCGGCUUUUGGGCCUGCUUCCAAAAGAUGUCAUCAACUUGGAUUAUAUAGCAGCACAGCUUCUGCGCACGGCAUGGCUCAAGAAUCGGGGAAUGAUUGUCGAAUCAUGGCAUGUCGUCGCGCAAGCGACCAUGAAUGCGCAAGAGAUAGGUCUCCACCGCGACGACGGCAAACUAUACGCCAGUGAUGCAGAGAGUGCAUGUGAGGAGCUGUGGAACAUGGUGCUACGGCGUCGUCUGAUGGUGAACCUUUACCUCUGGGACAGUCAAAUGGGUAUGGUUUUGGGCAAGCCACUCAAUUUCAAGACCAAUGACUAUACCAUUGUUCCACCCACCGACUGCGACAUCCCAAGAAACCGCAAUUCCUCAGCCCCGUUCCAAAGAAGUGACUACGAGAAACCGAAUACAUUUACAGUGCGAUUGCUCGAGUACCAUAUACAUAAGCACCUCCCACAGAUCCGGGAAUUGGAGCUGGAAGGGCCGUAUCCGCGAGAUUAUGGCAAGGUGGAACGUCUACACCAAGGAGCCCUGGAGUAUAUCGCCAGCAUCCCCGCCAUUUACCGAUUCGAAAACCCAGACAGGUCCUUUGAUGGAGAGUUCCCGAUGCUGGCAUCACAACGGGAAUUCUUCUGUGCGACCAUUUGGCUCUUCAUCCUCCUGCUUCACCGGCCGUAUAUCUUUUCAAUCUCCAAGAGCCGCACCGAGAUCUUGAAAGCCGCCAUCCACAUGUUGGAUGCCCAGCAGCGAUUUUUCGACUCUCUAUCUCUCCAUCACUACAAAAUGUUCACACUCGCCUAUCUGAGCGUGGAGCCAUGCGUCUCGGUGUUGGCUGUCUUGAUUGCCUUUCCGCACGAAAAUGCACAGUUGGUCCCAGAAGCAUUCAGAUGCAUACGGGAGUCGCUUUUCAGACUGAAUACGAUCCGCAACACAAAUAAAGUUGCUGGCCAGGGUGCCGAUGUCAUUCAGAAUCUCCUCCUGCGAGCGGAGAAGAACCAACCAUCGCCGUUGCCGACUUCAAAGUCUAGCAGUCCGAGAUCAGACGCUCACUCAUCGGAACUAUUUGUAACGCCCGGCUCGCAUCCUGGCAUUUCACUUUAUCCUGUGGCAGGACAGCAGCAGCAACAACAACAACAACAACCACAACAACCUGCUUUAUUCUGCGGCAAUUCAUCCUUUGGCGAUAUGUCUGACUGGAGUACGCCCCUUCAGCAAACGCAGACAUCAGCCCCACCAGCCAGCUCCAGUUAUGCGUUCGAUGGGACCCCCUUUCGACCAGUCGCGGAUCUGACGUAUAAUGACCUGGCCAUUGUGCAGCCGUUUUCAAUGUCGGAAGAUAAUUUUGACGGCGGGCUUGGAACUGGAUUCGCUGACAGCGGCGUUGCGAGUGAGGUGGCGCAGCAAUUUCGUGGUGACUUUGGCGAGGGCUCGUUCUGGAGUUUCAUGAAUAGAGGAGGCACUACUUAA